CAAAGACCCACCCACCUGUACCUGUGGGCAGUCUGAGGAGUCCUGCAGGGCAGCUGUGAGAAAAAGACCAUCCUCUGGUCUCUGUGUUGAUCCUGAAGCAGUAUGGAGGAGAGUGACCUGCUCAAGGAGAGGCUCCAGGCCAUCACUGUAAUGCUCCAGUCCACUCUGAGCAGUCACAGAGGAGACACUUGUGUCUAAAGAUAUGUUUGUUCACACUUUCGUUUAGAAGUUUUAGAGCAUGAUGCAGAUGUUACUGAGACGUGUACAGUCUGUACCCUUUUUCUUUUUUACUGUACUCUAAAAUAAAACACAUAACUUAAAAAUUAUUAUUAUUAUUUAAAUAAGUAACAAGAUAACUCUUUGUGGCUUUUGACUCUAAAAAAUGUAAAUUAGUUCUUUUUUCAUUUGUUUAUGACCUUUUUCUGUCCUUUAACUUUCACUUAACUUUGGAACAUUUAAAAAUUAAACCUAAAUGAAACAGAUUACACUAUUCUGAGGAUUAGAUUGGUUUCAAUAGAUAUUUGACUUAUUCUGACAGUGCAUUGUCAAUUGUGUUUUAUAUAUUCACUCAUUCAAGCUUUUGCCUUUGAUGAAACAGCAGAAGCAUCAAAUUCAAGAGGACAUUAAAAAGAAGAAACUGAAACUUGAUCAAGAGAAACUGAAACUGCAGCAUCUGAAGAAAAAGGCUCUGAGAGAGCAGUGGCUGCUGCAAGACUCCCAUAAUGGAGUAGACUGCACACAGCAGCAGAGCUUUCUGUCUGACCGGGAACACACCAGAGCCCUGCAGCUCAGCAUCCACAGGAUUGAAAUGGAGGUGGAGUCUCUGGAGAGAGAAGAGUCUAUGAUUAGCGUUAAUGAGAGUUUUAUCCUCAGUAGACUCAAGGCAGUGGAGAAAAGUCCGGAGGACAUUAUCAAGGAAGCCAAAAACAGCUUUGUUCCUGAACCAUCACACAUAGCCACAGUAAUCCCUGAAUCCUUCACCUCACCAGCCAGUGAACAGUGUGAGCCAAACACACCACGGCAGACUCUGUUUAACAUGCAGAUCAACGUGGCUAAAAAUACUCUGACUGGGGAGAGCUCAGUACUUUCUACGCCAGAUGUUCCUCUGGAGGACUUUCACCAAAACACCGGGCUCAAAGUUUAUGAUGAUGUCCAGAAGUGUGUUUGCGCACUCAACUCUCAACAGGCAUCACGUGACCAGAACGGUGUUUCUGAGCUAUCAGCCAAUGAGGUGGAACAUUUGCUGAGAAGUGCUACAAUGCAUUGUCAAGUAAAGCACCAAAACUGCUGCGAAAGUCCCAGGACAAGGGAGGAGCAAUGGUUUUCCCACUACCGAGAUGACAGGAACAGGGUGGAGGAGCAUGACCUCGGCAAGCAGCCAGGACACUAUGAUGUCGUGCAAAGUCACAAAGCAGACAAAGACUUUAGCUGCAAUGAAAACAGCCAAAGAAAACCACACAGUGAGCAUCACUAUAGUAACCAGGACAGCUGUUUUAUCAAAAAUGACGGCAGGAGCCAGCAAAGCAAUCUGACGGAAAGUUGUGUGACGCGCCUGGAUCACUAUCGCCACCAGCAAGAUUGUUACUGUAGUUCAUAUCCAGUGACAAAUUGUCACCGUGUUCAGGAAGGCGGUUCUGCAAGCCACCAGCCCAGUGGCAUUACCAGAAGCAGCAGCAGGACUGAACCAUCCGGGUGCUGCGUACCUCUUAGAACACAUGACCAGGAAACACUAACACACACACAGUUCAGCUACACUCCCUGUUAUAUUCCUGCUAUUGAUUAUAUCAGUGAGGAAGAACAGUACCGCCCACCAUCGUACCAGCCGAACAGACAAACUGGGAACAGACACAGAGUACCUUUCCCCCUUACUGGAGAUGACCCCCCUUACACAAUCCUUAGCAUCCUGGACACUGCUGAGCCAAUCACAGCCAUAUUCAUGGGUUUUCAGUCAGCGUUGGAUGAGAGCUGGCAGGCUCGGGAGUUUGAAGGUUCCCUCAAGGCUGAGCUGGUCUUUGUUGAGGACGAUGAAGACUAUGAUGACAGCAACAUGAAGAAGAGCCACGGGCACAUUCCAAAGCCAAGUCCAAGCAAUGGAGCUGCUGCACACAUGCAGGGACUUGGAGAUGGACACAGAGAGAGAGCAGUGGGACCAGGCAUCAGAAAGAUCUGGAAAAAACAACAACCGUGCUGUAGUGUCUGCUAACUGAAAGCCUCCUUUUUUUUACAUGGUGCUGCCUAAAAUGACCAAUUCUCCUCGAGCCCUUAGUGACCGACUGCUUUUAUGAAAGAGAAGAUGUGAAAUCAUCUCCAGCUAAUAAAAAUAGUAUGUGACACUGUAAUUAAAGAGCCCUGUUUAAUUUGGUCAGUCUUUAUAACUUGUUCCCCACCAGGCCAAGCUGUCAACGUAUCACAUACUGCUGUGUGUCUGCUGUAAGUGGACUGUUUUUAUAUAGCGCUUUUCUACUUUGCUUGUACUUCACCAAAUCACACACAAUCAUACUAGCACUGUUUUCAAUGUCUAAGUACUUUUCUGUCUGACAUUCACACUUCAGUGAAUGCAUCAGAAAGCAACUGGGAGUUCAGUAUCUUGCCCCAGGAUACUUGGGGCUACAGAUUAUCUGUACCAUGCUACAGAUUAAUGUAAAAUGUAAGAUGACUUGAAAAGUCAAGAUAAAUCCACAAAUCUGUCAUGCAUGGAGAAUAAAGACAAACCAAAAUAAAUUACUUUGAACAGGAUUAAAUCCAAGUGACACACAUGUUCUUACUGCACGUGUGCUAGCAGUGAUUUAACAUGUGUGCUCCUAGCUCCCAGUAUCUCAAAGCCCAGUCAGUUAGCUCUAACCUCUCAGAAUAGCAACUCAAAACUGGACUGUUUUAACAUUUACUCACGAAUGCUACCAAACAGUUGUUCACAUUUAUAUUAGUUUAGUUUUACUCCCGUCAUUGUUACACUGCAGAGCUGCUGGUUGUGACAAAGAACAGCAGAGCAACACCAGCAUGAUGAUGAUUGGACUGUAAAAUGCUUCACUUUUACUGAUUCAAAGCACUCAAAUAAGCCCAGUACUGAUCGUUAGGAUUAGGUUUGGACAGCAUAUUAGCCUGAAUAACUUUGUAGGUUUAUACAUGUUUUUGUUUGUUUUAUUGUUCCCAAAAGUCUAUGAUUUUAACACGACAGUAAUAAAUUAACCAAAAUUAUACAUUU